UCAUCGACGCCGCGCGUCAACAUCGCCGCCGGCGAUUUCGCUCGCUCGCUCGCUCGCUCUCGACGUGUCGUCGUCGUCAUCGGAGCCUGUUGUCUCCUCUCACACAUACUCGCGCACCGUUCGCGUAACCGACUACAUGUAACGUCCCUUUUCUUCCCUCGGUCUCUCUGUCUCUCCCUCCCCCUCUCUCUUUAUUUCUUUCUCUUUCUCUUUACUCGCCUUUUGCACGCGCCUUUGACAAUCCCGUCUUUACCGCUCUGUUGACACGACGGAUCCGUUCCCUUUCGUUUCCCACUUCGCAGGGGCUCCCGUCGGCAGAUCGGUUUCUCGUACAUGUAUCACGAACACGGUGCACAGCGCCUCGCCCCGCCCCGCCCCGCGCAUCCUUGCUCGUGCCACGUCUCCUUCCGCCUGCCUCGUCGCCCCGUUUUUCUUUUUCCUCUCUCUCUCUCUUCCUCUUUAUCCUCACUUUAUCGGUGUAUUCCAUCUUCUCCGAUCUACGGAGUCGCGCGCGUGGGACACGUCCAAGUUCGACGGCGAGCCGCCGGAUCAGCGGGAAACACGGUGUUUUGAAUUUUGACGUUCCAUCCGCGCGACAUCCUCCACACUUCCUUCGUCCCUCUCUCUCUCGCUCUCGCUCUCGCUCUCCCUCGGCUACGUGUGGGCGGUCGUGCCUGUGGGACAUCGUUAAUGGAGAACCGCUUCCACGACGGUGGCUGCUCCUACGGUGACUCUGCAACUUUGUCGCGCAAGCAUCGUGGAAAUAGCGGCGCACGUUCCCGCCGCGCCGCUACGUCCUCGUCAUCAUCGUCGUCGUCAUCGUCGUCGUCGUCAUCCGUCGUGCCGUGCAUUGUACGUGCGCGCCUGUCACAGCGCUCCGCGCUCCGUAACGCGGUGCCACGAUCGCGACCAACGUCGUCGUCGUCGUCGUCGUCGUCGUCGUCGUCGUCGUCGUCGUCGUCAUCAUCGUUGCCGUCGUCGUCGUCGAGAAGCCGCCACCGCCGCUGCCAUCCGCGCGCAGAACGACGGCGCCCACUAGGAUGUGGCGCAUCGGGGGAGAUGGAACGUAUCACCUCAAAGUGUUGGUCCCCGGCGUGGCGGCCGGGGCCAUUAUCGGGAAAGGUGGAGAUACAAUUGCUCAACUUCAAAAGGAUACAGGGGCAAGGGUGAAGAUGUCUAAAUCGCAUGAUUUUUAUCCUGGAACUACCGAGAGAGUAUGCCUCAUCACAGGCACCGUAGACGCUAUUAUGGAGGUCAUGGAGUUUAUCAUGGACAAAAUACGCGAGAAGCCUGAUCUUACUUCGAAGACUACGGUUGACUUCGACUCUGGUAAAGCCACUGCGGAGAGGGACAAGCAGGUCAAAAUUUUAGUGCCUAAUAGCACUGCGGGGAUGAUAAUAGGAAAAGCUGGGAAUUACAUUAAACAAAUUAAAGAAGAAUCUGGCUCAUACGUUCAGAUCAGUCAGAAGGCUAAGGACUUGUCCCUUCAGGAGCGAUGUAUAACGGUGAUUGGUGAGAAAGAAAAUAAUCAUAGGGCGUUACACAUGAUCCUAGCGAAAGUGGCGGAUGAUCCGCAAAGCGGAACCUGUCUUAAUGUCAGUUACGCGGAUGUAAGUGGUCCCGUUGCCAACUACAAUCCUACAGGCAGCCCGUACGCUCAAGCUCCCACAAGCACUCCCACGUAUACAUCUACAGCUGGUCUAAAUACAGUGAGUCUCUUGAACGGUGCUGGUUUGAGUCUUAAUCUGAAUUUGGGCGCGGCUAUCACCACCGGCACGGCACCGGUAACGACACAGCUGCUGGAACACAUAAAACUGAAUCUACGUACGACAGGUUUCUCCGAGCCCGCCGCCACGGAGAUACUCGCCGCGAUCGCGACCCUCGCCAAAUACAAUAUCCUCGGAAUGGGGAUUGGGAUGCCGUCGAGUAUGAGCUACUUGGGCAAUCCGAUGGACAGUACGACAACCGCGAACGGCUCGAACAACAACGGCGGUGUGUUCGGACCGAUCGGGACCGUGCCUACGCUCGGGUCCACCUCGCCGACGCCGCGUAACACCCUCGAUCGGUACGAGCCGUUCGAUCCGUUCCGACAGAACAACACCGCCGCCAGCGCGAUACACCUGAACAACAAUUCGUUCGGCCUGGGCACUAACCAGUUAUCACUUGUAAGUAAGAGUCCUACACAGGUAGACGCCAACAACAAGGAGACCAAGAAAGUAGACAUAGAAAUUGCAGAGGUUAUAGUGGGAGCUAUUCUGGGACCCGGUGGUCGUGCCCUCAUUGAGAUUCAGCACCUAAGUGGCGCCAACAUACAAAUCUCUAAGAAGGGCAUGUUCGCCCCUGGUACCAGGAACCGCAUAGUGACUAUCACGGGUUAUCCCAAUGCGAUCAACACUGCUCAGUACUUGAUCGAGCAGAGGAUCAGUGAAGAGGAGGCGAAGCGAGCGCGUCAGAAUGCCAUCGCCAGUAUGAUCCAUUGAUUUCAAGUACAGCACUCCUCUUGUUCAUCCCCAUUAUUGAGCUCCGUUGUUCACCUCUUCACACCCUGAGAAGGGAGAGCACGUCCGAACACGGCGGUUCUCUUCUCUCCUCUUAUACUUUUGACAUACAUACAUAUAUAUACAUAUACAUACAUACAUACAUACAUAUAU